GCAGGGGCAGGGAGAACGAAGACGACGACGACGUACGCCACCCGUAAGUGAGCCGAGAGCCCUCGAGAUACCAUCAGCUAGCUAGAUAACCAGCCAGCGCGAGCAUGGAGGCGGCGGCGGCGGCGGUCCUGCACCGGACGGUGGAGGCGAACGGCAUCUCGAUGCACGUGGCGGAGUCCGGCCCCGACGGCGACGGCGCGCCCGCGGUGGUGUUCCUGCACGGCUUCCCGGAGCUCUGGUACUCGUGGCGCCACCAGAUGGCGCACCUGGCCGCGCGGGGCUACCGCUGCGUGGCGCCGGACCUCCGCGGCUACGGCGGCACCGCCGCGCCGCCCGACGUCGCGUCCUACUCCGCCUUCCACGUCGUCGGCGACGUCGUCGCCCUGCUCGACGCGCUCGGCAUCCACAACAAGGUCCUUCCUUUUCCGUAUCAACGUUGACUUCUUCAAUUCCUCUCGUGUGUACUACUGCUAUAAGCCUAUAACACACUUCGUACUCAUCCAUCCUCUGUGAAGUGUGUGAACAUAUAUACAAACGCCUCUACUUCUAUAAUUUUUUUUAAUUUUGAAAACUAACUAAAACAAUAAUUCUAAAACUGAUAAAAAUCAUCUACUCAUCUUAAAACUAAUAAUAAGCCAAUAAUAUGGAAUUCUUCGCAUCCGUGUUUCUUCGAAAUUAAAUUUGAUUUUUUUAUUAAUUACGAUCUCCCGUACGUACGUAUUGUUUGCUAUCCAGCCUUUUGUUCCGAGGUUAAAGUAACAAGCUAAUUAAGUUAAAGUUAAACUAAGUUCAUUUUACUGUAAUCUGGUGAGUCUAAUCAGUACACCAAGCUAGUUAAUAGGCUGUUUGGUUUGAGAAAUGAGUUAGUUCAUUAUCUUCUCACUCCUCACUUUCCUCACUUUUUUUGUUUGGUUUGUGGAAUGGAAUGAGUUGAUCCAUCAUCACCUCAUUCCUCAUAGUUAGUUAGUUAGUAGUAAUAUAAGGAAUGAGGUCAUCCCACCAAAUUUAAGGAAUGGACCCAUGAUGCACCACUAUAUUUUGGAUGUAGUGAUUCCUCAAACCAAACACCCCUAAGUUUCUUUCUUUCUAUCCCUAAGUGGUGCAGCGUAUGGCCAGGCAUCCGAGAAUAUCCAAGAAUAUGUGUAUAAAACGCACAUGUUACAUGUACGAUAGAAUAAAGCGGUGGUUGUAGCAUCAGCAUCAUCAAUUUAGCGUGUGCACAUAUGUAAUCAAACUAGCUAGCAUGCAUGCUUAUCAAAUAAUUGCCUGAUCUCUCAUCGGUGACACAAUGGAGCAAUAAUCAAUGUUUGUGCCUGAUCUCAUCAUCGGUGUUUGAUUUGAUUUCGCUUCUUCACGGAUCGGAUAGAUGUUUGCAUUGCAUGGCGAAGCAGGUGUUCGUGGUGGGUCACGACUGGGGCGCCAUCAUCGCGUGGUACCUCUGCCUGUUCCGGCCGGACCGGGUGGCGGCGCUUGUCAACACCAGCGUCGCCUUCAUGCGCCACAUCUUCGUCCGCGCCGCCGCCGCCGCCGUCACGCCCAUCGACUACUUCCACCGCACCUACGGGCCCACCUACUACAUCUGCCGCUUCCAGGAGCCUGGUGUCGCAGAGAAGGAGUUCUCGCCGGCCAACGCCGGGUACCUGAUGAAGCGGAUCCUGUGCAACCGCUUCACCUCCUCGGCGGCCGGCGACGACAAGCGACCGCCGGCGGACGCCGCCGAGGAGGAGCCGCUGCCGCCGUGGCUGACGGAGGAGGACGUGGGCCACUUCGCGUCGGAGUUCGAGCGGACGGGCUUCACGGGGCCCAUCAACUACUACCGCAACAUGGACCGCAACUGGGAGCUGGCGGCGCCGUGGGCGGACGCCAAGGUGCGGGUGCCCACCAGGUUCAUCGUCGGCGACGGCGACCUCACCUACCACUACCCGGGCAUCCAGGACUACAUCCACAAGGGCGGGUUCGAGGCCGACGUCCCGGGGCUCGAGAGCGUCGUCGUCAUCCCCGGCGCCGGCCACUUCGUCCAGCAGGAGAAGGCCGACGAGGUCAGCCAGCACAUCUACGACUUCAUCUCCAAGUUCUGAUACAUGUGCAUGGAUCGACCAUCAGCUUGCUUGCUUACCUGCUAAAGCCUGUAAUCUCAACCUCGAUAUCCGUGCUGCCAACUUGUUUUGUUUUUCGAACUAAGAGUAAUAAGUGUUCGCAUAUAUGUCUGGUUUAAUUUGUGACUUGGACAUGGUAUGUUCGAUGUGAAAUGGAUAAACCAUGCGUUUCGU